GAGGAGCGUGGUGGACUCGCCACACGUGCGUUUGCUGAAGAUCCGUUUCGUAUUUCUCUUUUCACGUAUAAAAAAGAAUAAUUACAAAUCAGUGGAGAAGGGGAUAACAGGGCGGCCUUCAGACCGCUCCGGUCAAAUGACCUCAUCACUUUCCUCCGCCAUCCGUCAACAACAACAGCCAUCCAUGUCCACCUCCCAAACCGUAACCCUAGACUCCUCCACCCUCUUCCUCACCUCUCACACUACUCUCUCCCUACAAUCCCCACCCCUCUCCUUCUCUCUCCUCUCCACGCACUCCCCUCUCCCCCCCCUCCCGUCCGACUUCCCCCAAUCAAAGCUCAUCCCCAGAACCCGGUUCAUCGUCGACGGCUUCCGCUCCUCCGGCGACCACUCCGUCUCGUACUUCCUCUCCCACUUCCACUCCGACCACUACGCCGGCCUCAACGCUAACUGGUCCAAAGGCAUCAUCUUUUGCUCCCACACCACCGCCCGCCUCCUCAUCGAGGUACUCAAAAUAUCAUCUUUGUUUGUGGUUCCAUUGUCUUUGUCUGAGCCUGUUUUGAUUGAUGGGUGUGAGGCGUCGUUGAUCGAUGCCAAUCACUGUCCCGGCGCGGUUCAGUUUCUGUUCCGAAUCCCCGGUAGUGGUGGUGGCAAGAGUGAGACGUAUGUGCAUACGGGUGAUUUUCGUUAUUGUGAUUCGAUGAAGUUAGAGCUCGGUUUGACUGAAUUUGUUGGUUGUGACGCUGUUUUCUUGGAUACCACGUAUUGUGAUCCGAAGUUCCUGUUUCCAUCCCAAGAAGAGUCGAUUGAGUAUAUAGUUAGCAUGAUAGAGAGAUUUGGGGUCGAAAAUGAGGGUUCUGUGAAGUCUGUUUUGUUUCUUGUUGCUACUUAUGUUAUUGGAAAGGAGCGGAUUUUGCUUGAAAUUGCACGUAGGUGUAAGCGGAAGAUACUUGUGGAUAGUAGGAAACUAGCUAUUUUGCGUGUUUUGGGGUUGAGAAAAGAUGAUGCAUUUACCGAGGAAGAAUCAGAAAGUGAUGUACAUGUUGUGGGGUGGAAUGUGUUGGGUGAGACUUGGCCUUAUUUUCGGCCUAAUUUUGUGAAGGUGAAGGAGAUUAUGAAUGAGAGAGGGUACUCUAAAGUUGUGGGUUUUGUUCCGACGGGGUGGACCUAUGAAGUAAAGCGCAACAAGUUUGCAGUAAGGACUAAGGAUGAAUUUGAGAUACAUCUCGUACCUUAUAGUGAGCAUUCAAAUUAUGACGAGCUCAGAGAAUAUGUGAGGUUUUUGAAACCAAAACGUGUUAUUCCAACAGUAGGCGCGGAUGUUGAGAAACUUGACAGCAAACAUGCUGAUUCUAUGCGGAAACAUUUUGCUGGGCUGGUUGAUGAAAUGGCCAUCAAACAAGAAUUCUUGAUGGGUUUUCAUCGUUGUACUCAGGGGACAGAUGGCAUGGUUGAGAAGGAUAGCACCAUUGGCCAGAACAAAAUGGACCAGUUCAAAGAGGUCCAAUCACCUCAAUUUAAGCCCCAGGAUGAAAAUGAUCAGAGAAUUGUUUUAGAUUCCUUGCCUUUUGGUCGGGAACCUGUUGCACAGGAUAUAGCUCUGUUAAGUGACAGUGAAAAAGAGGAACUCAUUCAACAACUUCGUGACUGUUUGCCUACUUGGGUCACUGAACUUCAGAUGAUUGAUCUGCUUAGUAGCUCUGGUGGAAAUAUUGUUGAUGCAGUUUCUAAUUUCUAUGAACGGGAACUUGAGUUUCACAACCAGAUCAUUCCUUGUGCCUCAGCUGAUUGUACGUUGCAGACUAGCCCACUUAAUAAAUCUGUAUCACCUGCUAAACCAUGUUUUGUUAACAACCCUCUUGGAAAUGUGGUUGCUUCACUGGAUAAAAAAUUAAAAUCACCCAGCACAAGGAAUUUAACAAAGAGCAGUAAUUCUACUGGAAAGAAGCGGAGAAAUGUGGAUAAUAAGCCUAACAAGAAAGCAAGAAGCAAUUCAAGUUUGGAAUCUACUACUCAAAAGCAAUCCACUAUUACCAGUUUCUUUACUAAACGUGGACCUUGUGUUUCUCAAUGUUCUGGGGUUGAAACUUUGUUGGAGGAAAGCCCAAAUGACAAAAAUAUGAUGCCAAGUGAUCCUAUUAAGUCCUACAAAGAGGAGUUAGACCAGUUUAUUCAGAUUAUACAUGGGAGUGAAUCAUUAAGAAGUUACGCUGCAGAUAUACUCGAGGAGACAAAGGGGGACAUAAAUAUGGCACUGGACAAGUACUACAGUAAUCCUCCUGAGCCUUACCUUUGCGAGAAUGAAAAUAGGUUGGUUGACGUUGGAAGAUCGGUAAGGGAUGGACCCAGUCAUUCAAAUUGCUCUUCUCACAUGGAAAAAGUGCCAUCAGAUUCAGAGGCAUUGGAAAACAUGGAAAAUUUGUCUGUGCCAAUUCUGUCACCCGAGAAUGCUGCAACGACUCCUGUAUCGCUACCAGCAGAACAAUAUUCUCCUGUAGAGCAUGCAUGCUGGAGGCAUGGAAAGCCUGCGCCUUAUAUACAUCUUGCGCGGACUUUUGACCUAGUUGAGGGCGAAAAGGGAAAGAUAAAGGCUACAUCAAUGUUAUGCAAUAUGUUCAGAAGCUUAUUGGCCUUGUCUCCAGAAGAUGUGCUCCCUGCUGUAUACUUGUGUACAAAUAAGAUUGCUCCUGACCAUGAAAAUAAGGAACUAAAUAUCGGUGGAAGUAUUGUUGUAGCAGCACUGGAAGAGGCCUGUGGGACCAAGAGAUCUAAAAUUAAGGAACUAUAUGACAGCUUAGGCGAUCUUGGUGAUGUUGCUCAACUCUGCCGACAAACACAGUCACUUCUGGCCCCUCCUCCACCUCUCUCAAUCCAAGGUGUAUUUUCUGUGCUCUGGAAGAUAAGUGAACAAACAGGUAGUCGGAGUACUGCUCGAAAGAAAAGCCUUAUUGUAAGUCUCAUGCGUUCUUGUAGAGAGAAGGAGAUGAAGUUUCUUGUCAGAACUUUGGUCAGGAAUCUACGGAUUGGGGCAAUGAUGAGAACUGUUUUGCCUGCGUUAGCCCAAGCUGUUGUCAUGAAUGCUUCUCUUCAUGAGAGAACAGUUGAAAAUUUAAAGGAGCAACUUCAGUGCCUUUCAGCGGCCAUGAUUGAAUCAUAUAACAUACUUCCAAAUUUGGAUCUACUUGUCCCUUGUCUCUUGGAGAAAGGCAUUGCAUUUUCUUCUGUAACUCUUAGAAUGGUUCCAGGCAUACCGAUCAAGCCCAUGCUUGCCAAAAUUACCAAUGGAAUUCCACAAGUGUUGAAGAACUUUCAGAAUAAAGCAUUUACAUGUGAAUAUAAAUAUGAUGGCCAGCGUGCCCAAAUUCACAGAUUGGCUGAUGGAUCUGUGCGUGUCUUUUCACGAAACGGGGAUGAAACAACAGCGAGGUUUCCCGAUUUAGUCAACAUAAUCCAGGAAUCAUGUGGUCCUGCUGCUGCAACUUUCAUAGUGGAUGCAGAGGUAGUCGCUGUUGAUAGGAAGAAUGGCCACAAGAUUUUAUCCUUCCAAGAACUAUCUUCCCGUGAGAGAGGCAGUAAAGAUUCCUUGAUUACAGUGGACAGCAUAAAGGUGGACAUUUGUGUGCUUGUCUUUGAUAUCAUGUUUGCUAAUGGAGAGCAGUUGUUGAGUUUCCCUCUUCGCCAAAGACGAAAAUAUUUUAAAGAUCUGUUUGGUAGCGAGAAGUUGGGUUAUUUUGAAUAUGCAAAGGAAACAACGAUAGAAGCGGAUGAUGCCAGUUUGAGCAGUGAAUCCACACAAAUGAAGAUGAAGUCUUUUCUGGAUGAUGCACUGAGCUCCUCGUGUGAAGGGAUAAUGGUCAAGUCUCUGGAUGUUGACGCCGGAUAUUCUCCAUCAAAGCGUUCUGAUUCUUGGUUAAAGGUCAAGCGUGAUUAUGUAGAAGGACUUGGCGAUUCCCUUGAUUUAGUACCAAUUGGUGCUUGGCAUGGGAAUGGAAGAAAAGCAGGAUGGUAUAGUCCUUUCCUCGUGGCUUGCUAUGAGCCUGAUACUCAGGAAUUUCAAAGCGUUUGUCGUGUCAUGUCUGGCUUCUCAGAUUCUUUCUAUGUAGAGAUGAAAGAGUUUUUCUCUGGGGACAAAAUGUUAUCCAGAAAGCCUCUAUACUAUCAAACUGCGGAAGUGCCUGAUAUGUGGUUUUCUCCGGAGCUUGUGUGGGAGAUUAGAGGCGCAGACUUCACGGUAUCGCCAGUUCACAAGGCUGCCAUCGGCUUAGUUCAUCCUUCCCGUGGCAUCUCCAUCAGAUUUCCUAGAUUCGUGCGUUCUGUAUCGGAUAGAAAGCCGGAGGAAUGUAGCACAUCAACAGAUAUAGCUGAUAUGUUCCAUUCUCAGACACGAAAGAUGGAUGUGAGCACUGAAGGCUAAAGAUGGGCUUAUAUCAUACAUGUGUGUGUGUGGUUAAGUAUAUCGAAAUAGAUCCUUUUCUUCUUAGAUUGCAUCCGAGUUAUGUAUAGAAUGUAAACCUAGCUCACCACAAAAAAAAAAGAAGAAGAAGAAGAAGAAGGUGUACAGUGCCUCAAAGGCAGAUAGUUUCCCCUUUUUGUCCCCCUGUUUUGCAGCCUUUGUAAUGGUAUAGAUAGAGCCAUAGAGGCAUCUGAGCAUGGGCCGUCCACCUUGCAACAUGUUUUGGGGUUUCUAAUCACAGGCCUUUCGCUGUGUAAGAUGUUUUGGGUUUCUAAUCAUAAAUACGAAGUUUCC